GUCAUUUAUUUCGAGGAUUGCGACAUGAAAGAUAACAGCGUCUGUUCCACUCCGAACCGCACGGUGGCGGCGGUGUGCCGAGGAGCGCUCUUCCGCGCUGCCGUCAAGAGAUGCGAGGAAGAAACGGCCGACAACAGUGAAGCUACAUGACCAACAAGACGAUUAAGGCUCGUCAUUUCGGACCAAAUCCAUUCCAAGUGUGGUUUUUAAGGGCCGACAACAUCCCUGCAGCCCUUAUGAGACGCAAGGCAUGGCGGAGAGACAGGACCAUGAGGUGGAGGAGGCCGACCACAUCUACCUGCUGAUGAAGGAGGAGUACCGCAUCUCCAGGAACGUGCGUCUGGCCUGGUUCCUGGGUAAACUCAACCAAGUCAUCUGGCCCGCCUCCAAGCCUGAGCUGCUGAACUCCGACAACGAGUUGGACCUGCUGAGCAUUUUACCAAAAGGAUGGCAGCAAGACUCCCCCGGCGCCACGCGGCCCUCCAUGCUGAUGCCCUCCACCCGGGCCACCUUCCUGGCCCGCAGGUACCGCUUCAUCAUCGAGCUGGACCUCAGCCCCUCCACAGGGAUCGUGGACGACAGCACAGGGGAGAUGAUUUUCGACGAGGUUUUUCACGCCUUGUCGCGAUGUCUGGCCGGCCUGGCUCAGCCCUUCAAGGUCCCCGGAACACAUCAGCUCUUCAAGCCAAAGAUCUUCAUCACCAUCCUGGUGUAUUCCUCCAUUUUUGGCCUCGCCUCCCAUCAGGUUUUGGUGCAGGGCUGUCAGCUGGACCGGACGGACCUUGGCGAGUUCCUGCACUAUAUCUACCAGCAGCUGAAAGCGGUGGAGAGCAACAUUGCAGACGCCCUCAAUCAGCAGCCUGAGAGCGGCGAGUCGGGCCAAAGCGCAGGUCUUCAGAGCAACAACCUGGACGAGCAGCCUCAAAGGCGGCAGGGCGUCUCCAUGGUGUCAGCAGACAUGGGACUGGUUAGCAUGGUGCGUCAAGGCAUCCUGGCCCUGCAGCUGCUGCCCCCCAACUCCAGUGCAGGCAUCAUCAUCAUCACCGACGGCGUGAUGAGCGUCCCCGAUGUCGUCGUGUGCGAGACGCUUCUGAACCAGCUGCGGAGUGGAACCAUCACCUGCUCCUUCGUGCAGGUGGGCGGGGCCUACUCCUACGACUGCAGCUUUGGCUACAUCCCCAACGUGGAGCUCAUGAAGUUCAUCUCGCUGGCCACCUUUGGCUCCUACCUCCCCAGCUGUCCUCAACCGGGCCGGGACUGCCAGGAGAUGAACGUCUACCACAAGGCCUUCCUGACCUACUCCUUCCUCAAGACCCCCGAGUCCAUGAACUCAGAGUCCUUCUGCGUUUCCCAGCACAAGCUGUUCAACGAGCACCUGGUGUCCGCCAGCGGAAACCCGGCGCUGGUCAUGAGGAGGAAGAAGCACACGGAGAAGGAAGUCCAUGCUCAUUUGAUCAGCGUGGUGUCGGUGCGGCUGAGGGAGGGCUACACCAUCCGGGAGAUCAGCCUCACGAAAGGCGGCACCCAGCUGGAGGUGAAGCUGGUGCUGCUGUGGAAACACAACAUGCACAUCGAGUACUUGGCGGCCGCCUCCUGGCCGCUGGACCCCGGCAAGCGCACCACCCGCGUGGAGGUCACCAUGGAGGGCAGCUACGACAUCCUGCACGACAUCAGCUGCACGCAGAGGAAGCCCAUCACCAGUCCGUACCGCACCUCCGUCAUCCGCCGCUUCUGGAACACGCUGCAGAGCAUCAACCAAACGGAUCAGAUGUUGGUGCACCUGCAGUCCUUCAACUCCAUACCUGAGAACUACACCAUUCCGGAGAGCACCAAAAACGGAGUUCCUCUCUUCUACAUCCCUCCUGGCUCGACGACUCCGGUUCUGUCUCUGCAGCACAGCGGCUCCAAGGACUCCUCCCAGUCCCAGUUCGCCUCCUACUGGAAGCCCAUCCUCUCCAUGGAUGCCAACUUCUGGCAGAGGUGGCUGCACAUGCAUCGCAUCGCCAUCGUCCUGGAGCACGACCUGCCGGUGCCCAAACACCUGCACACAGCUGGAAACAACGGCCGCUACAGCACCAUCCAGUGUCGCAUCUCCCACUCGGCGCUCACGUCUCUGUUGAGGGACUGGAGCAGCUUCGUGCUGGUGGAGGGAUACUCUUACGUCAAACUUAUUUACAGUUCACCUGAGCAGCCCCCCACCUCCUUCUAUCUGGUCCGGCUCAUCUCCAAGACGCCCUGCAUGGUGCUGAGACUGGGCUUCCCUAUCGGGACACCGGCUCAUGUUCGGAACAAGGGAUUGUACUGCCAGCUGCCGUAUUGUGUCUCCUGCCAGAUUGUGGACGAGCUCAGAGAGCAGAUCCUCAAGCUGCGCUUCCCGCAUCGCGUUCAAAACAAAGAGGCCACGCCCAAGACCAAGAGGAAGGCCGCGGGGCACCCAUCGCCGUCCAAGUCGCCCUCGCUCUCCGCUCCCAAGCAGGCGCUGUCAGACCGCCCGUGUGUGGUGGUACUCAACAAGCCCCUGGAGAAGCUGCUCAUUCGGUACGAGAAGCUGCCGCUGGACUUCAGGAUCCCCUUCAUUCUCAGCAUGGAGAACUCGGUGCAGCCCUCCAGCACCGCGGGACCCCUCUACGUGGCGGCCAACCGGACCGCCUCGUCCACGCUGGCCUCGCUGUCUCGCUACUUCCUGCACCGGCGCUGGGUGUGGGCGGUGCAGAGCGGCCAGGGUCCUGCUGUGGCCAUGCAAGCGGUCGCCCACAUCCUGUCCAUGCUCUCAGAGAUCCGCUUGUCUGAGGGCUUUCACUUCGCUGCCAGUGGAGACGGCAUCGUCAACAUGGUCAUCGAGUUGCCGAUGAAGGUCAUGUCAGCCGACUGUGACCGAGAGAGUCACUCUUGCAUCGUUCAGUACAUCCUCUUCCCUCCUCACGCCACCUCCACCAAGGACAGCUUCUCCACCGACGACGACAACGACACAGAGGUGGAGGCGGUGGACGUGGACGUGGAGCUGAACCUGGUGACGGAGUGCUGGGUGGAGCCUCAGAGCGGCACCGUGACCAACUGCUCCGAGCAGCACCGCCACCUGCAGGGCCUCCGCUACCAGGAAGUGCCUCAAGCGAUCUUCCCCAGAGAUUUAGCAUGCAUGUCCACCAUGAUGACCUUCGAGUACCUGAGCCAGUUGUGUCAGAACAAGGACCAGGCGUGGGCUUUGCCAGCUGGACUCAAGGACCUGAGAGGAGAACCUCCAGCGUCAGAGGAGAGCAUUCACACGGUGCCUUUCCAGUUUGAUCUCAUCCAGCUGCUCCCCAAGUGUCAGCAGGUGGAGCUCUUCUUCCUCACGUUCGGCACAGAAGUGGAGCUGGAGGAGCACCUCGGCAGCGCCCCCUGCCUGCCCAACGAGCUGCUCCUCAGCCUCUUCCACAGCAGCCUGGAGCAGGAGCUCAGCGACCGGGAGAUCCCCGUUGCCGACGGCGACCACGCCGCCUUCAUGCACCACAUCCUGGAGCGAGAGCGCGACGGCCACUCUGCUCCUUUCGCCCUUCCUGUCAUCAAAGAAGAGUUUGUGAAGCUUCCUGACAGACAGGAAGUGAUGUCGGCCUUCCACACCCCUGGCAGCAGUCGAGAGAUGAUGGGAUCCACCAGCACUUUACAGAGUUUCACCAACGCAGACCUGGUGGACGAGGAGCCUCCGCUGGGGGGGAGGGACUGCUCGGCGCCCCAGUGGAGGUGCUACGCCAAGCACGUCAGCUCCCAGCAGAUCCUGCUCACCUUCCUGCCGGCCACCUUCACAGAUGUCCUGAUGCUGAUGUCGUCGCUGUUGGAAGUUGACCCUUUGAGUAACGUCAGCACGCAGGACGAGGACACUCUGACGCCCAGCAACAAGUCACAGGCGGACUCGCUGUCGGGUUCCACCGAGUCCAGCUUCGGUCUGGCCAUUAAGUUGAGAAGGAGCUCCAGCAGCGGUCACUUCAGCGCCAGGUCGCCGCUGCUCUCCCCGCGCUCCGAGGGCCAGCCUGGGCCCGCUGACUCUCUGGUCCUGGACCGCGAGAGCUGGGAUUGCCGGGUGUUGGAAACCCAGCCUGGAACACCGAGCUCAGAUCUGGGGGAAAAAGUUCAUUUCACAGAACCGCAGAGGUCGGACCUGCACAGCAGCUUCAGCCGGCAGCUGUCCCAGCAGAGCGGCAGCCAGUUGAAGUGUCCCGUCUACGUGUACAACUGCUGCCUGGAGCUCCUGAAGGAGCAGCUGGUCCACCCCGGCGCCAACCGCCUGCCGAGAGACGUCUUCUUCAGACCUCAAGAGGCUCAGUUCUGGCAGAUGUCUCAGCAGAUGAAGUUCAGGUCCCUGUCUCAGGACCGCAGCAGUCCGUCGCCUUGGACGGACCUCCUGGCGCAGCCUCACAAACACAAGGAGCUGGCCCACCACUGCAGUCUGCUGCAGGAGCAUUACCAGCAGAGCUUCGCCAGAGGAGUCUACCGGAGCCUGCAGCAGUCCUACAGCAUCAGCUCCCAAGACGUCCUGAUGGCCAUGGACUACUGCGAAGAAUCCCUGCAGGAGAUGGACAUCACCUCUUUCCUGCAGACCCUCUGCGGACACAUCAGGGUCUUCAGGGAGAACGGCCGGUCUCCGCCGCAACAUCCCAAACCCACGGAGAGGUCUGCUACCUUCACCAUUGGAGAGGUGGAGGAGGAAAAACCCGAUGUCAAGUCUGCUGUGGCCUCCAUGUCCAGUUUUGAGAUGGAAGAUGCCAGUGAAGUUGAACCAGCUCCUGUAACCAAGACGUCCAGGCUCCCAGUGUUCCCCCUGGAGAUGCUCCAGACGCAUCCCACCUGUGAUAUGUGUCCAGGAGUGCACAAAAUCAUCCAGGAAAAAUUUGUGGGGAUCGUAUCCCACUACUUCAAACCUGUGCCUUCCAAUCCACAUUACUUCUUCUACUGCCCGCCGUCUUCCAAGAGAGAGGUGAGUCCACAAAGGCUAUGUUCAGUUACCUUUUUUUUUUUUGUGCCCAUAUGCUUUUUCAUGUCUGAACAGUGCAGUUCAUAA